GCCCCAGGAAGAGCCCUGUUGGAUGUAAGCGGAGAGAUGGCAUUGCGCUUGACCUGGUGCUCGGUGUUGUGUCUGGGGCUGCUCUGGGGCGCAGCCUACUCGGGCGCCUCGGCGUCCAGGGCGGACAAUGCUUUUGACAUCGAAGGGAGCUCAGCGGUCGACAGACAAGACCAGCCUGAGACAAUUGAGUCCCAUGUGGCUCACGGACGGCUGCUGCCUACUUUGGAGAAAUGUGAAGCUGGCCUCUUUCGUUCACUGUCAGGAGAAUGCUUGCCCUGUGACUGUAAUGGUAAUUCCAACGAGUGCUUGGACGGCUCUGGAUUCUGCCUGAACUGCCUGAGAAACACAACAGGAGAGCACUGUGAAAAGUGUCUGGAUGGUUAUAUUGGAGAUUCCAUCAGGGGAGCACCCCAAUUCUGCCAGCCAUGCCCCUGCCCCCUGCCCUACCUGGCCAAUUUUGCAGAAUCCUGCUAUAGGAAAAAUGGAGCUGUUCGAUGUAUUUGCAAAGAAAACUAUGCUGGACCCAACUGUGAAAGAUGUGCUCCUGGUUACUAUGGGAACCCCUUACUGAUUGGAAGCACCUGUAAGAAAUGUGACUGCAGUGGAAAUUCAGAUCCAAACCUGAUUUUUGAAGAUUGCGAUGAAGUCACCGGGCAGUGUCGGAAUUGCUUACGUAACACCACGGGAUUCAAGUGUGAACGCUGUGCCCCUGGCUACUAUGGGGACGCCAGGAGAGCCAAGAACUGUGCAGUGUGCAAUUGUAGGGGAGGCCCUUGUGACAGCGUAACUGGAGACUGCUUGGAAGACAGUUUUGAAACCCCUACAGGCAUGGACUGCCCAACCAUAAGCUGUGACAAAUGCAUCUGGGAUCUGACUGAUGACCUAAGGUUAGCGGCACUCUCAAUAGAAGAAAGCAAAUCGGGUCUACUGAGUGUGUCAUCAGGUGCCGCAGCUCAGAGGCAUGUCAAUGAAAUGAACUUCACCAUCUACCGUCUCAAAACAAAAUUAUCAGAAAGAGAAAACCAGUAUGUCUUAAGAAAGAUACAGAUCAACACUGCUGAGAGUACUAUGAAAAGCCUCCUGUCUGAUGUGGAAGAAUUAGCAGCUAAGGAAAAUCAAGCCUCAAGAAAGGGUCAACUAAUUGAGAAGGAAACCAUGGAUACCAUCAAUCAUGCAACUCAGCUUAUGGAGCAAACCCAUGAGAUGAGGGAUAAAAUCCAAGAGAUCAACAACAAGAUGCUUUAUUAUGGAGAGGAGCAGGAACUGAGCCCCCAAGAGACAUCUGAGAAGCUGGUGUUGGCCCAGAAGAUGCUUGAGGAGAUUAGACGCCGUCAGCCAUUCCUCAUCCAACGGGAGCUUGUGGAUGAAGAGGCCGAUGAAGUGCACGAGCUGUUGAGUCAGGCUGAGAACUGGCAGCGGCUGUACAACAAUACACGCACCCUGUUUCCUGUCGUCUUGGAACAGUUGGACGACUACGAUGCAAAGCUGUCAGACCUCCAGAAAUCAAUUGACCAGGCCCUUGACCAUGUCAGAGACACUGAAGACAUGAAUAGGGCCACAGCAACCAAGCAGCGGGACCACAAGAAACAAUAUGAGAAUGUGAGGGAACAAAUGGAACUGGUGAAUGCUUCUCUGAGGGCAUCUGGUGAUUCUCUGACAACCUCACGCCUGACUCUUUCAGAACUUGAUGAUAUAAUCAAGAAUGCAUCAGGGAUUUAUGCAGAAAUAGAUGGAGCCAAAACUGAACUACAAGGGAAAUUGUUCAACCUGAGUAACCUCAGUCAAGAUUUGGUCCAAGAAGCUAUUGAUCAUGCACAAAACCUCCAAAUAGAUGCUGAUGAAAUGAACAGGAACUUGCACAGUUCAGAUGCCAAUGGGCUGGUACAGAAGGCACUGGAUGCAUCAAAUGUCUAUGAAAAUAUUGCCAAUUAUGUUGGUGAAGCCAAUGAAACAGCAGAAUUAGCUCUGAACAUCACUGACCGAAUAUCUGAUGCUGUGAGUGGAAUUGAUACUCAAAUCAUUUACCAUAAAGAUGAAAGCGACAACCUCCUCAAUCAAGCCAAAGAGCUGCAAGCAAAGGCAGAUUCUAACAAUGAUGAGGCAGUAGCUGACACCAGCAGGCGGGUGGAUGGAGCCCUGGACAAGAAGAGUGCCCUUAAAAACAGGUUAAAUAAUGCCAUUAAGCGCCUACAAGCAGCAGAGAGAGGUGAUGCUCAGCAGCGCCUGCAUCAGUCCAAGCAGCUCACAGCAGAAGCUUUCAGGAGGACGAUGGAGGUCCAACAGGCUGCCACCCCCAUGGCUAACAAUCUAACCAAUUGGUCCCAGAAUCUGCAAACAUUUGACUCUUCUGCUUACAACUCUGCAGUGGACACAGCAAGAGAUGCAGUAAGAAAUCUGACAGAGGUUGUUCCUCAGCUCCUGGAUCAGCUUCGUACUGUCGAGCAGAAGCGGCCUGCCAGCAAUGUUUCUGCCAGCAUCCAGAGGAUCAGAGAGCUCAUUGCUCAGACCAGAAGUGUUGCCAGCAAGAUUCAAGUUUCUAUGAUGUUUGAUGGCCAAUCAGCCGUAGAAGUCCACCCCAGAACCAGUGUGGAUGAAUUAAAGGCCUUCACAUCUCUGAGUCUGUAUAUGAAACCUCCUGUGAAGCAGCCAGAACAGAGUGGGACUGCCGACCAGUUUAUUCUGUACCUCGGAAGCAGAAACGCCAAAAAAGAGUAUAUGGGUCUUGCAAUUAAAAAUGAUAACCUGGUAUACAUUUAUAACCUGGGGGCCAAAGAUGUGGAGAUACCCCUUGACUCCAAGCCAGUCAGUUCCUGGCCUGCUUACUUCAGCAUCGUCAAGAUUGAAAGGAUCGGAAAGCAUGGAAAGGUGUUUUUAACAGUCCCGAGUCUAAGUAGCACCGCAGAGGAGAAGUUCAUUAAAAAGGGAGAAUUUACAGGUGAAGACUCCUUGCUGGAUCUGGACCCUGAGGAUGCUGUGUUUUACCUUGGUGGGGUGCCUUCAAAUUUCAAGAGUAUGUUUUUCAGUCUGGAGAUGCGCAAUGGAUACCUUCAUGUGUUCUAUGACUUUGGAUUCAGCAAUGGUCCUGUGCAUCUUGAAGACACGUUGAAGAAAGCCCGAAUUAAUGAUGCUAAAUACCAUGAGAUCUCAAUCAUUUACCACAACGAUAAGAAAAUGAUCUUGGUAGUUGACAGACGACAUGUGAAAAGCAUGGAUAAUGAAAAGAUGAAAAUACCUUUUACAGACAUAUACAUUGGUGGGGCUCCUCCAGAAAUUUUACAGUCCAGGACCUUACGAGCACACCUUCCCCUAGAUAUCAACUUCAGGGGCUGUAUGAAGGGUUUUCAAUUCCAAAAGAAAGAUUUCAAUUUAUUGGAGCAGAAAGAAACCCUGGGAGUUGGUUAUGGGUGCCCAGAAGAUUCUCUUAUAUCACGCAGAGCAUAUUUCAAUGGACAGAGUUUCAUUGCGUCAAGUCAGAAAAUAUCUUUCUUUGAUGGCUUUGAAGGAGGUUUUAAUUUCCAAACGUUACAGCCAAAUGGGUUAUUAUUCUAUUAUGCUUCAGGGUCAGACAUGUUCUCCAUUUCGCUGGAUAAUGGUACUGUGAUCAUGGAUGUAAAGGGAAUCAAAGUCCAAUCAGCAGAUAAACAGUACAACGAUGGGCUGCCCCACUUUAUCAUUACCUCUGUCUCACCCACAAGAUAUGAACUGACAGUAGAUAAAAGCAGGUUUGGAAAUAAGAGUCCCAUAAAAGGGAAAGUGGAACAGACACAACCAAGUGAAAAGAAGUUCUACUUCGGUGGCUCACCCAUCAGUCCUCAGUACAAUAACUUCACUGGUUGUAUAAGCAAUGCCUACUUUACCAGGUUGGAUAGAGAUGUGGAAGUCGAAGAUUUCCAGCGAUUUUCUGAAAAGGUUCACACUUCCCUUUAUGAGUGUCCCAUUGAAUCUUCACCAUUGUUUCUUCUUCACAAAAAAGGAAAAAAUUCCUCAAAGCCUAAAACAAAUCAGAAUAAAAAGGGAGAGAAAAGUAAGGAUGCACCUUCCUGGGAUCCUGUUGGCCUGAAAUUCCAAGAGCAAAAUACACCAAGAGACUCUCACUGCCACCUUUCCAAUGGUCCUAGAGCAAUAGAACAUGCAUAUCAGUAUGGAGGCACCGCCAACAGCCGCCAAGAGUUUGAACACUUAAAAGGAGACUUUGGUGAAAAAUCUCAGUUUUCCAUUCGUCUGAAAACUCGCUCCUCCCAUGGGAUGAUUUUCUAUGUCUCUGAUCAAGAAGAGAAUGACUUCAUGACUCUGUUCUUGGCCCAUGGCCGUUUGGUCUUCAUGUUUAAUGUUGGUCACAAGAAACUGAAGAUUAGAAGCCAGGAGAAAUACAAUGAUGGAUUGUGGCAUGAUGUGAUAUUUGUACGGGAGAAGAGCAGUGGCCGAUUGGUAAUUGAUGGUCUCCGAGUCUUAGAAGAAAGUCUGCCUCCAACUGAAGUUGCCUGGAAAAUCAAGGGUCCUAUUUAUUUGGGAGGUGUGGCUCCUGGAAGGGCUGUGAAAAAUAUCCAGAUUAACUCAGUCUACAGUUUCAGUGGCUGUCUCAGCAAUCUCCAGCUCAAUGGGGCCUCCAUCACUGCCGCUUCCCAGACCUUUAGCGUGACUCCUUGUUUUGAAGGUCCAAUGGAAAUGGGAACAUACUUUUCAACAGAAGGAGGAUAUGUGGUUCUAGAUGAAUCUUUCAAUAUUGGAUUGAAGUUUGAGAUUGCAUUUGAAGUACGUCCCAGAAGCAGUUCCGGAACCCUUGUCCACGGCCACAGUGUCAACGGGGAAUACCUAAAUGUUCACAUAAAAAAUGGACAGGUCGUAGUAAAAGUCAACAAUGGUGUCCGAGAUUUCGCCACCUCAGUAACCCCCAAGCAGAGUCUCUGUGAUGGCAGAUGGCACAGAAUUACAGUUAUUAGAGAUUCAAAUGUGGUUCAGUUGGAUGUAGAUUCUGAAGUGAACCAUGUGGUUGGACCCUUGAAUCCAAAACCAGUUGAUCACAGGGAGCCUGUGUUUGUUGGCGGUGUUCCAGAGUCUCUACUGACACCACGCUUGGCCCCCAGCAAGCCCUUCACAGGCUGCAUUCGUCACUUUGUGAUUGAUGGGCAUUCAGUGAGCUUCAGUAAAGCAGCCCUGGUCAGUGGCGCCGUGAGCAUCAACUCUUGUCCCACAGCCUAAUGCAGUGGACCAGACUUGCCCAGGGAUACAGUUCUUUAGAGCACUGAAAUAAACACAAAAUCAGCCAGGAGGAGCCGCAAAUCUGCCUCCUGGUGGAAGCUUUCAACUAGUUGAGCAUUACUUAAAUGAAGCAUCAGGGACUAGAUGUUUAUAAUUU